GUGGAAGCAACUGCUCGGGAGCGAGGAUGACGAAGCUGAGCGAGUUGAUGCGCAUGGGGGUAGCGAAACGAACGAUGGCGCUAGAGAACAUGGGAAUGUCCAAGGGAAAGUCGCUUGCUGCUCUGGAUGACGAUCCCAUGGACGUCCCCAAGCUUAUUGCCCAAGAAACGAAGAAGUUCAAAUAUCGCACCGUCGUGAAUAUUGUGAAAGUCAUUCGUUGCUCGUAUGUGGAUUCCAAAGCAUGCAUGGAACGACUACAAAACGCGAACGUUGGACGAGCACUGCUGGAAUCCCUUCGAGCGAUGUCUAAAGACAAUGAAGACCAAGCUAUGGAGGGAUUGCUGUCAAGCACCGCAGACCUGUUCGAAUGGGACUUUUUCGCCAAGAGCGAGCGACGGUUGUUCAUUGAGGAAAUCUUUGCGAUCAUUCACACCCGAUACACGAGCUGUGGAUUGCUUUUGACGGAGGCGUUGAGCGUCAUUAUGACGAUGUUCACGACGGAUAGUGAAGGCGUGCUGAGUGAACUUCGGGCCAGCCGAAAGUGCCUCCCGUUGUUUUUUCAGAUCGUUUGCAACAUGCCCAAGACAAAGAGCUUUCAUUUCCAAGCACUCCUCGUGGAAAUUGUUUACCGCAUCUUGCGCAUGCUUCGAAAGUCAACGAUCAAGAAGGACCAGGAGCUCACUCAAAAAAUACUCGAGUCCCUUCCCCCAAUAUUGUCUCAAGGCAUUCAAAGUGUCCCUCCCAAGGAAUUUCGAGCAGGCACAAGGCAACUGCUCAACCAAUUCAACAAAGUUGUGGGGGUGGUGCAGUCCUUCCCCAUCAAGGCACUUGCUUUUGAGUUCAAGUCGAACAAAUCGAUCACCAUGGACGACGUCCAGUGGUUUGAUAUGGGCGGCAUGACGUUUGAGGUCGAGAUUGCAAUCAACAUCGCCGACGAAGUGGUCCAAGGAAUUGCCAAGAUCCAUUGCUCCAACAUUGAUGGCUUCGCGACUGAAGGGACGUCUGCGAUCAAGCUUCACAUCAACAAAUCCGUGUCCCUGGCCGAUGUUGCCCCAAAUGUGAACGAUUCGGAAUGGGGAGACAUUCACGGACUCGUUGCCGUGUUGCGGGUCGAUUCUGCUAUUUUUGAGAACAUUGUGCCGACGUUGAAACUGCGAUUCAAGAAGAUCGAAAAGGAGGUUGCCACCACGUCGAUUGCCGUCGAAACGCAGAGCAAGCUAUCUACUGCUGCGGAAUCAUCCAAAGCCUUCUACAAGCUCAUGGCUGAUGCCAAAACCAAGCAAAAACCACACGAAAGUGCACGACCUCAACCUUCCGGAUUAACGGCUGGUAAUCGGGCUACCAAAAAGCAGGAGGCUGAUACGGUAACAAGUCGGGCCAUCAAGGCGGAGGGCAUCAAAGAAGCCAACUUUGCUUCAACAACCAAAACCAAACAAGAUCAUCCCAAGGGGACACAACGCAAGCGGGCUGCAGAUCGCCCGGUGCCUAAGCAGACGCCAAGUGUGCAAAUUCCACCUCGACAGGCGACGGAAAGCAAACCCAGCCGGAUUAAGCGCGAGCGUCAAGACGACCAAACAUGGGACUUUGAACGGACUGACACUCGACCGAAGAACGCUUACAAGAAGCAGAAAUCGCAAAAGGCGACCGUGGAAACCAGCUCCACGACAACGACGACAACCAAGUCGCCUCCAGUGAACCGAUCGCGCAUGGCGUUGUCCAAACCGGCCAAAGCGGCCGCGUCAAUUCCAGCGCAUGCGUGGAAACAAGAGUUGAUCACACAGCACGAUGCACCACAAAGCCACCGGUUCACGUUCAACCCAUCUAAAAGCGUCGAAGACGAUGCCAAAGAAAUCCAGCGAGCAAAGCAACCACGCGCAACGACAUUGACGACGAAAUCCUCUUCAACCAACUCCCGUCGCCCGGCUUCGGAUAAGUUUGCCAUGCGCAAACCUAGCCAGGAAAAAGUAGUACCCCCACCAGAAAUCAACAGCUCAAGUGUGGAUGCUUCGGCACGAUUCGCGGUACCGUUGAAGUCAUCCCAUGACGAGCCUGACCACCGCGGGGGCUUUAAAAGUAAACCGUACGAAGGAACGAACGGGCUGCAUGCAGUGAUGGAAAGUCUCGACAACUUUUCGAGCGAAAUCAAGCACCAGCAGAUGGAGUACGAACGAGCACAGCCGGUGUCUCCAUCACAAUCCACGGCCAGUGGUGGCGACAUGGAGAUUCAAUCGACGACGUCCAGUCAAUCGUCGUGCAAGGCGCCAACUCCGCUAAAGGCAUUACCAAGCUACCACGUCAUAGCAGCGUCACCACGGCAAAAACGACCUUUGACGCACACGCAACGACAAGAAGCGACGAAAGUGCAACCCACACUGUCCCCACAAGAUACACAAAUAGACUUGUUGGACAGAUUCAAAGGCCUGGCCGACGCAAUAUUGGACCAGCAAGAGCGAUAUCGCCACAGCCAGCUUCAACACGUGGUCCAGCACAACGUGGACAAGUUUGAGAAGUCGCUCGGUGAAUACGCCAACACAUUGCGCGCUCGUGUAGGCUUCCAUGCAAUCGAAGCAGCGUUUCAGGAUGCCGCGACGCAGCAUCGCGCACAAGUCGAGGCGGUGAAGUGUAGUUUGGACGAAACCCUCUUCACCGUGGAAGGAAGCGAAGUUGUGGACGAAGAGCUGCUUUCGGACUGCGCCACGUUGAAGCAAUUUGUCAUGCAAAGUGGCCGAAGCAUGCUGCAAGAUCGAAUGAAAGCACUGAACAAGAAGGUGGAGUCGUGUCGCACCAAACGAAAGCACCAAAUGCAAACCAAGUUGAAGGACAUCAAGGACAAGUUCAACUCGAACGACCUGCUCGCCAUGCAGACCCUUCUCGGCCGCAUUUAAU